AUGAGACAGAAACCAGGUACAUGUCCCAAAGAGAGGAUCCACUGUACUUCUUUUACUUCUUCUUGCCACACGGAUUUUGACUGCCCCAAUUACCUGAAGUGCUGCAAUUUCAACUGUGGGAAGAAGUGCUUGGAUCCAUACAGAGCCAAGGUAGGACGAUGCCCAUACUACCCUUUGAGGAAUAACAUGGAUUGUUCCAAUACGUGUUUGAGCGACUACGAUUGUCCUGACACUGAUAAAUGUUGUAGUUCCACGUGUGGCUUUAUUUGUGCCAAGGCCUGGAAAGUGAAAAGAAGUGACUGUCCAGAGAUACUGGACUUCUGUGAAGAAGUUGAAAAACCCCAGUGCCAGGUGGAUGAUGACUGCCCAGACUUUCACAAGUGCUGCUCAGAUUGUGGACUGAAAUGCAUAGAUCCCUUUUCAUGGGUGUCUUCUCAACUAGAAGAUGAUGACUAA